AAGGCUCCGCUCGUCAUUCAAGGUGGGGUGAAUGAAGAACCAAGCCAGGCUGUGGCACUUCAGCAGCUCUGUCCCACCUCCUUGACACUUGUCUGAAAAAUAAAAAGAUAAUAAGUUUGGCAAACAUCAUCAGUUAUCUAGGUUAUCUAGGAGGCCGGAUGAAGCGCAUUCCUAUGCGUGAGACCGCCGGCAGUCGCCUCUGAGCGCUCCACUGUCCGAGUUCUCCGUGUCCGAGCCGUGACCCGAGAUGGGAGCAGGAGUACCUGGAUUAUAGCGGUGAGUGCAGGGCACCUUUGUCCUUUGUAUACUACUAUUCGGUGAUUGUUGCUUUCACUGUCCUAGCACCUCCGCUGCCAGAGUUGGGUUUCCAUAUCUGCGGGACGCCAUUUCCAUCUCGUGGUCUCAGGAGGUUUAAGGGGCUUGAAGUGGAUCAAACAAAAGGCACAAUUGGUACAGCUCACCCAGCCACAUAGAAGUGCAGUCUCACUGGCUGACUGAUCCUGAAUGGCAAGCGCCAGGUGCAUGGAUGCCGCGUCGGACAGACAGAAUGGAGUAUCCAAGGAAAUUUGUAGGAAUCCAGCACCAGGUUUUCAAAUUAGAUGUUUUAUGCAAUGGCCGUCGACAUACACUGGACCGCCGGUAUAGUGAAUUUCAUACACUUCAUAAGCUGCUCAAGAAGACAUGCAAAGUUCCUGACUUUCCCCCCAAAAGGGUUCCAAACUGGAUGUCCAAGGUGCAGGAGCAAAGACGACAAGGACUAGAGGCAUAUAUUCAAGGGGUUUUGUGGUUCAACCAAGAAGUUCCCAAAGAGCUGUUAGAUUUUCUAAAAGUGAAACACUUUCCACAAGGCAAAAAGAACUGCAGCUUAGACAGGCUUUUGGCAGACAUCACUCCAGGAGAAACCAGUUCACAGUUGGCACAUAAGGCAGUUGUAGGAUUUUACAAGGACCUGUACAUUUUCCCUCCAGACACAGCUAUACUUGAGGACAUAGUGUUACAAGGAGUAAUUCAAGGACUAUAUCAGCAGACUCACAAGAAUCCUCCAGUAGCCAAGCAGAAGUUACCAACAAGCAAUCCUGUUCCGUGACAGUAAACAGAUAUGACAAUCAUUCCAUUUGUACCUGUGAGCUCUGCUACUUCUCUAGUCAACAUCAUCAUUGGAUAUUUCAUGGACCAAGUAUUUUGGCGCUGCACAGCCGGUCAGACAGGAGCUGCCCCUGGUAUCAAUAACUACCUGGAUCGUCUGAGGAGUGACAUUAACUCUGGUGUUUCACAAGUUGUAUUACUAGUACUAUUCUGUAUGUCUGGGGGUGAACAGUAGAAAGUCAUUGUGGGGAGAAUUAUCAAACUUGUGUAGAAUAGCAACCAGAUUGCUUUUACACAUAGGCAGAUUGGUUGCUAUGGGUAACUGCACCACUUUUCUAUACACAGGUGUUGAUAAAUCUUCCUCACAGUUCAGUGUAUGAGAUCUAGAAUCAUAAAAUACAGUGAUAGCUGUACUGUAUCUCAGUCCAGGCAGUUGUUUGUUUUUAACUUUUGUAGAACUGAAACUGACAACUCAUGGUAUAUAAUGCAAGUUAAAACUGGUGUGAAAAGCUCCUGAAAAUAAAGUGACUUGUACCAAUACAACAAGAUGGAGGUUUAAAAAAAAUCCAGCCGAUAAAGAGUCAACUGAGGGUUAUGUAGAAUUAUUAAUGUUACAGAAAUUUCCCACAAAUUGACUAGCUUUUGUCAAUGGGCAGCUUGGUCCCAUGUUCACUGCAGAAAACCUUUGCUUGUGGUAUACUAGACGAAUGGCAUGGUGACAGCACAGCGUAUUCUGGUCGGGUCCAUUGAUUUCACUGGACCUAAAAUAGUCUAGCAAGUGUACCAAAAGUUUUCAAUGUUCGGUCACAUUCACAUGUCCGCAGAAAAUAAACCUGAGUUCUUUCUGCGGACUCCGCACAGAAUGCAUAGCAGUACGAGUCUGCAGAAGGCCCGCACAGAUUUAUUUUUUUGUGUGUGUGGACAUGUGAACAUAGCCUUAAGUUUUAUUUCCUGAUUAGAUAGUGUGGGCAACAACACUUCAGGAGACUGGGGGAGAUUUAUCAAAACUCUUUGUAAAGAAAGAAUGGUGCAGUUGCUCAUAGCAACCAGAUUGCCUUAUGAUUCAGGGUACUUAAAGGAGAAAUCCCAUGCAGAAAAAGUAUUGUGUUUUAAAUGGAGAAGCAAAAGUUAUAUCACUUAGUAAAUCACUGACUUCACCCAUCUUGUAAGUAAAACCUGUUUUUCUAGCUUCUUUGUUCAGAGAGGAAGUUCAGCAGCUCCCUGUUCUGAUGACUUGCGACCCCCCAUUGAGCUGCAUUAUGCUGGGGGCCGUGAUGUCACAAUUUCCCAUAGUUCUGCAGCUUAGCCAGCUCUGUGCACGGCAAGGGAACCUCCCAUGUGCAGCUUCAGCCAAUCAUAGAAGCCCCAGUGAGCUGAGCACUUGUCUUCAUCUCCUCGGCAGGGAAGCAUCUGACAGCCAGCUCAGUGUUUAUAAGAGCAAGAACGAUGUCCUGAGAAGAAGCAGAGGGGGAGAUCCCUGCUCUCCCCUGCACUGAUCACAAUCUGACAGCAGGUCAGUCUGAAAGAAUGAUGUCCUGAGAAUAGAAGCAGGGGGAGGGGAAACACUGAGCCUGCUGUUAGGAAAGUGAUCAGUGUCUAGGUCAGUGUAUCCCAACCAGGGUGCCUCCAGCUGUUGCAAAACUAAAACUCCCAGGCAUGCUGGGAGUUGUAGUUUCACAACAGCUGGAGGCACCCUGGUUAGGAAGCACUGGUCUAGGCUGGGCUACUUCUAUGAUGAACUGAAAGGCAUUAUGGGAGACAGGAAGUCAGGGACCUCCAUGGACCAGGAAGUACCGAUCUUUCA